AUGCUUCCGUACGAAGUGGUCGUCGAAGCGAACCAGCCUGGGGGCAAAAGGCGGAAGGAGAAUCCGCACGUACGCGAGGUGAUGGGGACCGACGAACGUUACGCCUGUGAACUUGCUCCCUAUGUGGGGAGUAGCUACGCGAUGGUGUACGCUCAUGAUGGUAAUGAUAUUGUGGUGAGCGUGCGCGGCUACGAUAACAAUAGCGUUCGCGACUACGCGAUGUACAACAACAGCAAUGCACUUGGUAGCAAUGGCGAUGUCUACGCCCGUGACGAUCGCUGUAAGCAGGACUUACAUCGCGCGAAUGUACGCGGCGGCGCUGCGGUGGACUUUCGCUACGUGGUGAGCGCUGUGCGUAUGCUGAAUGAUGUUGCUGCGGCGGAGAUCGCCUACGCGAUGAUCGAGCUCGAUGUUGUUGAGCACGUGCGAGACGUUGUGGGUUUUCCCUACGCCGAUAAUAGCUACGUUGCGCUGCUGGUUCACUGUCCUCCUCUUGGGAGUAUUCAUGACAGCGUAUCUGCGCUGGAGGGUCGUCUUGACCGGUAUUACGAGCCGCGGGCAGUUGCUGAAGUUGCUUAUGAAGAGUCGCACGAGUCUUAUAAGGACGAUCGUAGCGCCUCUUCAAAGCCUUCACCAACUCAUGGUGAGAUGGCUAUAUUUUCCGGUGUUUUGUACCAAAUUGGAUCUGGUCUGAGUCGUUCGAUUCACGUGGCUUACAUAGACGGUGGAUAUACAAACAAUUUACCCGAUUUCGAAGAUAUCCGGACAAUAACUAUCUCACCAUUCUCUGGUAAUGCUGAAAUUUCACCAACGGAUGAAGAGAAUUUCUUCGAUUGGAAAAUGACAGUGUGCAACCAAACGAUGAAUGUGAAUCUGCAAAACAUUGUCCGAGGAGCACAGGCAUUGUUUCCACCAGCACGUCCUGUUUUAGAAAGUUACUACGAAGCGGGUUUCAAAGAUGCUUUCAGGUUCCUUAUCAAGCAUGACAUUAUUGAGCGGAACAGUGGUACUGCUGUCUAA